AUGGGUGUUAUUGAUAUUACUUCUCAGGAUCAAUUUACUGAGUUGACUACUACUAAGGCGGGUGACAAGCUAUUGGUAUUGUAUUUCUAUACCAGUUGGGCCGAGCCAUGUGUUGCCGUUGGAAAAGUUGUGGAAGCUCUAAGUGAAGAACGUUGCAAUAAGGAUGUUGUAUUCUUGAGUAUUUCUGCUGAGGAACAAGUUGAAAUCUCUGAGCUUUUCGAAGUUUCAUCUGUGCCUUAUUUCAUCUUCAUUAAAAGCGGAACGAUAUUGAGAGAAAUGUCGGGUGCUGAUCCAAAGGAAUUUGUUGCUAUUUUGAACCAAUUGAACGCUUCUGGUACUGACGAUAACGAAUCUGGUGCGGCUAAUUCUUCUGCUGAUAAUGGAGCUGGUUCCAAUGUCGCUUCUUCUAGAACGGAAAACGUUUCUAAUGUUGGCCCAGGGUCACCAUUGGGUGAAGAUAACGAAGAGCAAGAAGAAACAGAAGAACAGUUGGGCGAAAGGCUAAAAAAACUUACACAAGCUGCACCUGUUAUGCUGUUUAUGAAGGGUACACCAUCCGAGCCAAAGUGUGGCUUUUCUAGACAGAUGGUUGGAAUAUUGAGAGAACAUCAAAUCAGAUUUGGGUUCUUCGAUAUUUUGAAGGAUGAGAACGUUAGACAAGGUUUGAAGAAAUUUUCUGACUGGCCAACUUUCCCACAGCUAUAUAUCAAUGGUGAAUUCCAAGGAGGUUUGGAUAUCAUCAAGGAGUCAUUAGAGGAAGAUCCAGAGUUUUUUCAACACACUCUGUCAGCAUAA